CAGGCUACUCGUUCACUGGGUGUGAACUGUGCGCCGUCGGCGACCCGCGGACUUGCGCCCAAAUGAACGACGACCUCCCCGAAUGUUCUUUUCCGCGCCGAUAUCCCCGGUGACCAAAACAUUUGGACCAACAUUUCGUCUCGGACGUGCAAGGACCUCAGCGGGGCGUCCGUCUUCCGAAUGACAGCCGACGCGCGGCACCAGUCGCGGAUCGCCUGCGCCGCGCGGUACCAGUCGCGGAUCGCCUGCGCCGCGCGGCACCACCACCCGCGCGCCUUUCGGUGUAUGGACGCGAUGUGACAGGGAGCGGGCGAUGAAUCGGACGGACUUCCACGCGCAAUUCGGACAUUUCUUAUCGUCAAAUUACUCGCUUUGGGAACCCCGCCACGAUGACCAGCGCAACUGGAGUUUAUUCAACACCAGCCCGUUCGCGGUGGACGUGUUAUUUUCGGGACACGAGCCGGGCACCAUCGCGCUGGUGGUGAUGUACGCGCUCUCCUUCACCACGGGGCUCGGCGGGAACAUUAUGGCGCUCCUGGUCCUCACCCGAAAAAGGAACCGGUUGUCCGGGGCGUCGGCGACCCGCCGGCUGCUGGUCAACCUGGCAGUGUGCGACAUGAUGGUGGUGUGUGUGUGCAUGCCUGUCAACCUGGGGCAUCAGGUGUACAACGCCUGGGUGUUUGGAGACUUCCUGUGCCGCGCCGUGCCGUUUGUCCAGGCAGUCUCCGUUUCCGCCAGCGUGCUUAGCCUCGCUGUGAUCAGCCUGAACCGGUAUUACAGCGUGCACAACCCACUCCACGCCAGGUCCUUCUUCACGGGACGGCGAAUAUUGUGCAUGAUAAUCGUGGUGUGGGCCAUUUCGUCGGGGCUGUGCCUCCCCCUCAUAUUCAUGAACACCACCCGGACUCUAUCUCUGCUGGACGGGGCGCACACGGUCACCGUGUGCGUGGAGGGCUGGAGCAAAGUCAAACUGCGACAAGGGUACAACUUCCUGCUCUUCUGCUGCCUCUACUGUUUCCCCGUGUUGUUUAACUUAGUGAUCUGCAUGCUGACCGGGCGGAAGCUGUGGGGGACGGAUGACAAACUGAGGGAGUCGAACAAAUUCGGCAUCGCGCAAGUCGUUUCCCGGGUGAGAGUGCGUAAAAGGAUAGCCAAGAUGGUGCUGGCACUGGUGAUGCUUUUCACCCUGUCCUGGCUGCCUCUUUACGCAGUGGACAUCUGGAUCGAUUUCAACAUGCCAGACUCGCUGGAGAGAGAGGACGGGGACGAAGCAAACCACGUCCAGCACGAGUGGAUCUUGCAGGGGAGACCUUUCGCGCAGUGGCUGGGUCUGACCAACUCGGCGCUCAACCCGCUCUGCUACUGUUUCGUGGGGAACCUCUACAGGUCCGCCAAACGAUUCCGGAAAAGCUACCGACAGAAACUGUCGUCCGUGUUCAGUCUGUCCCUGCAACAGGGUUCUCUGGACAGCUCCACGUCCAAAUCAAUAACUUGCGGACGCGCGCAAUCGGCGAAGCAAGCCGGUGACGCGCACGCCCCCGGGGUCACGGAUGCUGGAGGCAGCAGGCUGAUGAAGAGCAAAAGCCUCUCGACCGUCACCGUGUGUGAGACUGUGUUCGACUGACGGACGGAAUGGGCCUACAAAUGCCCCGGCACACCCUCCAAAGUUGCCAGGAAAAUGAGAUUUUUCACUGUAUAGGUAACAUGUUUAGAUAUUUUGUGGAACAAACUCGUUGUUCUCUUUUCUUCCUGAAUGUAAGUAAGGAACCUGUUGGCACAUCUCUAGUGUGAAACCAAAAAGACGACAUCAAAGUGUUGUGAACAUGUGGUCCUUUAUUAUGCUGGGUAUUACAGUGAGAAUUUGUUACCAGUUUGGUUUGAGUGUUUGGCUGCUAUUUAAUGUUGCAAUAUUUCGAGAUGCACUGGAGUAUUCUGCGCAUGAAUCUGUUUGAAUAACAGUUUGAUUAAAACUAUAAUAUAAAUGAUGUUA